AUGGAGUAUGUGCCUGCCCCGAGCUACACAGCAUCACUCUCUGUGAGUGCCGAACUCCCGUUGCAUCUCCAGGACGAGGACGAGGCCGAGGCCGAGGCUGCCAACCACUCUGCCGAGUUUGCCGGCCUCCUGCAAGCCCUUGUGGCAGCAACGGUGCCGCCGCUCCCAGCGCCAUCAGCGCUGGCCGAUGCCACCUCGAUAGGAAGCAAGGUGCUGGUAGUCGGCAUGAUGGUUGCGGCGCCGGUUCCGCCAUCGCUGCGCUCGGCAGCAUCGUCAGUUCGAAUCAGUGGCUCGGUCGUCCAUCGAGCCAAGGGCGAGGUCUGCGCCUGGCGACCGAUGUCGGCCAUGGCCGCCAAGGCUACCGGCGCCCGCAUGCACCCUGCCGCCUACGAGGUCGACAUCCGCUUUGAGGAUGAGCUGCUCCCCGUCGCCACCUUUGCGUACACCGAGAUCGACAAGAUCGCCAUCUCGGCAGGCUCCAUGGUCUCGCCCGAGGACCGGCUGCUCCAGCUCCUGGCGCUCUUUGACGACGAGAGCGUUCUCACCAAGGCCUUGCCCAAGAUCGAGACGGCCGAGAGCUGCCAGGGCGAGUGGGCGCUCAAGCGGUCGUGGACGCUCACGCCGCUGCACGCUGCUGCUAUGCUGGGCAUGCCGAGGCUCAUCGCCGCGCUUGUCGACGGCGGCGCCCGGCUCGAUGCCAAGGCUUCGCUCACCCUCGAGCAUACCCGCUCACAGGACGUGACCGUUGUCGAGGGCUUCCGCUACAUUUUUGACGGACUGAGUCCGGUGCAUCUACUUGCGCUUGCCGGUGCCUCCGACUCACUGGUGGCUCUCUGCGAGGCAUCGCCCGACGCGCUCGCUGUCGGCGCCUCGCACCCGGCCAGUGUAUCGGUCCUCCGCUACGCGGGCACCGCAUCGGCGCUGGUGUUUGAGAACGUGACAGCGCUCACGGUUGCUGCGGCGUCGCGCACCCCGCAGCUCCUUGCUGCGCUUGUGGGCGUGGUCCCGCCGAUGUCGCUCCCGCAGGUGCAAGUCACGCUGCAAUCGUCGCGAUCACAGGGCGACGAGCGCGACACAACGACGCUCGGCCCCGUCGACGUCGUUAUGGGCCUCCUGCCAUUCCUUCCAGACCCGUGCUGCACCCGCGACGCCUCGCCCAUCUCGGGUGCAGAGUCUGCAAACAACGAGGCGAGCAACAUUGCGGCGUGUGUGGAGAUCCUGGUCGCCGCAGGUGCCGGGCCAUCGCUCCCGCUCCGUGACUGGACCAGCAUCACGUCCGAUGCCAGCGCACCUGAGCUCGCAAGCUCAGCCGGCCACGCCGAUGCGGUUGCAGAGUACGCAACAGCGAUUCUCGAGAGACACCUCCGCCGCGCUGCAGCGCUUGCUGCCGCCUACCCCGGCGGGUAUGCGCCGCUCGGUGUCAUGACCUCGCGCACUGCGUCUGCCGUCCACGUCCUCGCCAAACGCGGUGACGGGAGUGCGGCGACCCAACUCCUUUCUUCAGCCGCCGAGUGGCUGGCGUCGGCGGCCAUGGCCGGCGCCGUUGCCGCUAAGUACCACACGAUCAUCGAGCAGCUCGCCAUCCGCGAGUUUGCACCGCGCGGCGCGUUUGAGCGCUUGCCGUCGACCUUUGCCGUCGACCUCCUCGCCACGCUCAUCGGCCGGGACUGGCUCGACAUGUUUAUCCUCGCGCGCCCGCGCAAGAGCCUCUCGUUCUCGAUCGAGCCGCCAUCGAUGCCGUUGCGGCUCUCGGCGCGCCAGCCCGACCCGAGCGAGCCCGAGCUCGACCUCGAAUGGCAAGCGCCCGACGACGUUGGAGGCGCGCCGCUCACCGGCUACAUCGUCGAAAUGGCCUGGGACUGGGAGUAUCGCAAGGGCCUCCGCAUUGUCGACGAGCUCACGCCGGAAGCUACCUCGCUCCACCUCGCUGAGCCGUCGUUCGAGCCGGGCGCCCAGCUCUUCUUCCGCGUCUCGGCCAUCAACGCCGCCGGCGCCUCGGUCGCCAACAAGACCCGGAUUCGGCUCAAACUCCCGCUCGACACCGAGGAGAGCAGCGACGUUUAAAACAAAAAGGGCUAA